AAUUUUUAUCAAUUGUCUACGGCUUACAAUAUCCUGACGAAUGAAGCCGAACGCUCUCAAUACGACAGAUGGCGUACAGGAUCAAUCAAGAUUCCUUACAAGAUGUGGAAAGAAAUGGUUAUGAAACGGGGUCAUACUGUUCAUUGGACAACGCCACCAAAACAACCACUUAAAAUAACUGACUCUUUAGAUACAGAAACUUUUUCUAAUCAAGCUUACAAUAAUAAUACAUAUAUUCAACAUAAUACUUCUAAAUUUGGAACUGGAAAUGUGCUGAAACUGGGAAUUGCCAAUGAUAAUUUCGGUGAGGUGAUGCCGAAAUUGAAAUUUGUUUCUAUGUUUAUGUUGAAAUGGAAAAAAGUUUUAUGA